GUCAUUAAAUACUGUACCUCAAGGACACGGGGCUACUAGAGCUAAGUUCCUUUUCUUUUUCUCCUUUUCUGACACCUACCGACCUCCAGCUCGGUAGGUGGCGGUACUGUACCUUUACGUUGAUUUGCCAGUGAAAGGAAAAGGAAAAAGAAGCAGAAGAAAAACUGUUUGUGUUUGUUGCUGUACAGGAAAGCAGUGAAAUGGACACAAUUGUGGAUUUGGUCCAAGCAAAGCGCAGUAGAACGCUGCUUGUCCGCCACUUACCCCCUGAGCUCAGCCAGGACGAGAAGGAGGACCUCCUGAAGUAUUUUGGAGCCGAAUCAGUCCGGGUCUUCUCAAACACGGGUCACUUGAAACAUGCAUCCUUUGCAACCUUUAGAAGUGAAGAGUCAGCAGCAAAAGCUCUCAGCAGGCUCCAUCAGUUAGAGCUUCUUGAUCACAGACUUGUUGCAGAGUUUGCCAAAGGCCAAGAUUGUGUGACGGUGUUAAAAGACCCACCGGUAUCAGACAGUCGUAAGCUUGUUAAAGAAGAGCAGAAGAAAUAUGAUACCAAACAGCCAAACAUUCCCCUCAUUGAGACCAGCAUCGCACCUAGUCUCGGGUUGAAAUUUGAGUUAAAUCCCACUCUGAAAUAUUUAUACCCACCACCUUCUAAUGGCAUUCUGACAAAUAUAACACAUGCCCUCAUCAGUGUGCCAAAGUUUUAUGUCCAAGUACUUCAUCUGAUGAACAAGAUGAAUUUACCAUGUCCAUUUGGCCCAGUCACUGCCAGACCACUCCUGUUUGAGCACCUGCCUCCUGUUCCAGCCAUCCCCAUGCCCCCCCCCUUUCCUCCUGACUACCCCCCUUUACCAGAGGAGGAGAUGGAGCUCUCCAAUGAGGAAGAGUCAGAGUAUGAGAGUGGAGACGAUGAAGACAAGCAGAGAAUUGUUUGUCUGGUGAAUCAAGCGUGCAAGAGGCCCAUGAGACCAAAAACAGCUUCAAAAAGAAAGAAGCCCAAGAUCAAAGAUCUGCUGUAUGCUCCCAAACCAGACUCUCAGAGUGUUUCAGUGCUGCAGCCCCGUGACGUGUUCGAGCAGGACCACCCUGCUGGGCCAAGGAAAAUUGAAUUCCACUUUUCGAUUCCAGAGUUGGUGAGCACAGUGGACAGAAGAGGGCACGAUCAAGAGACAGUGGAUGAUGAGAGCAGAGAUGAGAGGGAGGUUGCUCAGUCUCUCAGCGAUAAGAGUAAAGCUGCUGAAGGUUUUGGGAAACUCUACCCCAGCGCCCAGGUGUCUCAACCGCAAGAGGAGCACAGAGAUGACGAGCAGGAUUUCACCUCAGGCGUCAUCUCCAGAAAGGAGCUGGAGAAAGGCCACCUGACAAGAGAUGAAAUGAGACAGAUGGCUGUAUUUAAACACUAUAAACCAGGUGAACCAACCUGCAGGCUGUAUGUGAAGAAUAUUGCAAAGCAAGUGGAAGAGAAAGACCUGAAGUACAUCUAUGGGAGAUACAUCAACCCUUUGUCAGAGGCUGAGAGGAACAUGUUUGACAUUGUGUUAAUGAAGGAGGGGCGAAUGAAAGGCCAGGCAUUCAUCGGACUGCCCAGUGAGCAGAGCGCAGAGAAAGCCCUGCAGGAAACCAAUGGCUAUGUUCUCUAUGACAAACCCCUUGUUGUCCAAUUUGCCCGAUCUGCAAGACCAAAACAAGACAACACGGACUCCAGGAGAAAUCCAAAAUAGAAAUGAACUGAACAGGUGAGUGCGGACACCAAAUCUGCCAAAAUAAUAAAUUUUCACUGUCAUAGUGUUUCUGUAUGUAUAGAACAAGUCUAAUUAAUUGCAAUUAUUUACACUUUGUUUCAAGAUACCAAGGUUUCAUAUUGUGACCCAACAGAACUAAUUGUAUCCAUAUUCUGACAUAUCCUUUGGGAUUGGCAGCGAUUUAUUAGUAGUUAUUGUGGCACAACUGAAACUUAAAACAACUUAAACACUGGGUACCAUGCAUUGUUCCGAGGGUUAUUGUGUCUUACAUGUAGUGUACUCUAAAGCUG